GAUUGUUCAAGUUGAUAGUGGCACAAACACAAACACUAGGGACCCAAAGAAAGUAUAAAUUGUGCAAAUUUAAAUAAGUUGUGAGGGUGCCUUCGUAAAUAGUCCGAAACUUUCAAUUCCCAGGGGGUUUUGUUCAACCAUUCACCGGAAACAGCAACUGCAAAAGAAAUUUAUGUUUGUUAAUUAAAGAGUUCAGAGAGUAAUUGGAAUCGAUACUUCUCGCCAAGAUCACCUCUUCGAAGGACAUAGUUAUGGCAGGGAGACAUCGUAUGUCUCGUGGGAUCGAUGAUAGACAGAGUUUCCGGGAUGACCCACAACCUAUAGUACACCGAGCGUCUAGACACCUACCUCCUCAUCCUGCAGUUCUGGAAGAGGAGCUUGAAAUCCAGCACAGAGAGAUACAGAAAAUUAUGGGUGAAAAUAGGCAUUUGGUGGAUGGGAAUGUGUUUCUUCAAAGUGAAUUGACAGCUGUGAAAGAUGAAAUCCACAGGUUAAGUCAGAUCCUUCCUGCGAUACGUGCUGAUAAAGAAGCACAAACAAGGGAGUUGGUGGAAAGGGGAUUUAAGCUUGAAGCUGAGCUUCAAUCUGCCGAGCCAUUGAGGGCUGAAGUAGUCCAAUUAAGAGCUGAAUCACAAAAAUUAAAUACUCUAAGACAGGAACUAUCUACCAAGAUUCAAACACUCAAUAAGGAUGUCAACAGAUGCAAAGCUGAUAAUCAACAAGUAGCUUCCAUGAAGGCUGAUAUUGAGGGCAUGCACAAAGAGCUGACGGAAGCAAGGUUUGAACUUUAUUUUAUCUUUGGGUUCAACUUCUUUUUGAACUAGGCUGCGACUGGCUCAUUAAUUUACUGACCACCUAUAUGAUUAUGAGAUAAUAAAAAAUAUUUGAAUUUUGUUGUUCCUGUUCAUAGCAUGUGGAUUCCGGCUAUCCUGUUUGUAAGUGCUUUAUAUAUUGCUUGCUUGGUUCAUAAUCAGGAGGGUUUAUGAAUUUGAUAAAAAGGCUAAUGAGGAACUGGCGGAGCAAAACCAAGCUAUGGAGACAGACCUUGUUUCUAUGGCUCGUGAAAUAGAAAAGCUGAGAGCAGAGCAAGCACGUGUUUAUGGUAUCUAUAUUUGCAGCCUUUUUCCUUUCUGUCUUUCCCCAACUCCCCUUUAAUUUCCUUCGUACUUGCUUGUGCACAUGAAGUUCUUGCGAUGGCUUAUAUUUCAUAAUGUAGGUACAUAGUCCCUAUAUUGCAAAGAAUACACCAUGAUGUACUAUCGGUUGUUCUCGUUUCUAUUAGGUUUUAUAGGUUACGAAAUGCUGAACGAAGGCCCUGAAAUGAGAUAUCGAGGGGGUUCUUUUGGCGAUCCCUAUGCUAAUGGACCUUGGGGAUCCUAUGACAAGAGAGGCCCUCCAAGGCGCUGAUCAUGUGUGCAUAGCAUCGGCAAAGGAACUUCUUCAUGAAGGUGAUCAUCUGGUUGAAGGAAUCUUUCUUGUUUUCUGUUAACAUUGCUGAUGUCUGUAUAGUUGUUUUUGAAGGCUGGUACUCCACUUUUUUUCUUAAAAUAAGAGGAUCUGGAGAACUUUGUUUCGAGGCUAGUCAUCCUUCACGUAUUAUCAGAAUAUUUUCUCUGUAUAGUCUGCUGGUUGUCACUCAUGGUUAAUACAAAAAUAUUUUCAUUUUUGUUUCUUUAUGCCUUUCACUUUCUCAAAAGAUCCUUUGUUAUAAAAAUAUUUCAGUGUUGCAUCCUGUAAUUCUUUUGAUAUAGUAUGGACAAGCGCGUAGAUUGAAUGAGAGAAAAAUGAUAGUAAUAAAAU